GCGGAUAUAGUGAAUGCAGGGUCCGGGGAGAGCGGAUAUAGUGAAUGCAGGGGUCCGGGGAGAGCGGAUAUAGUGAAUGCAGGGUCCGGGGAGAGCGGAUAUAGUGAAUGCAGGGUCCGGGGAGAGCGGAUAUAGUGAAUGCAGGGUCCGGGGAGAGCGGAUAUAGUGAAUGCAGGGUCCGGGGAGACCAGAUAUAGUGAAUGCAGGGGUCCGGGGAGAGCGGAUAUAGUGAAUGCAGGGUCCGGGGAGAGCGGAUAUAGUGAAUGCAGGGUCCGGGGAGAGCGGAUAUAGUGAAUGCAGGGUCCGGGGAGAGCGGAUAUAGUGAAUGCAGGGUCCGGGGGGA